AUGAAAAGACGCCAAGUAGACAAGGGACAGAAUAUGUGCAAUUCCAAAGCCAAGAGCUUGGUAACUUACCAUUACGGUCACGGUACGAGUGGAUCUGCCACGGUUGCCCUUUCCUCUACUCCUCGCCUUUCCUCCUUUCCCAUCCUCAACUCUCUUCAACUUCUUCUCUUGUUUAUCCUACCUUCCUCUUGCGCCAUUGCGCUAUUCCUAUCACUCCUAUCCGCGGCUUCGUCACCCCGCGCAUCCUCUCCGCACUCCGGUCAAUUGACCGACGUGGAGUCUCGUCUUGACCUUCCCUUCGGGCAAAGCUUCUCAACCAUCAUGACAACGUUGAUGGUACUGACUUAUGAGUGCACAGCUCUAUGA